GGAAAGAUUCAAAAUCAAGUCUUAUUCAGUCCUACUCCAAAACUGCUUUCCAAUUACACAAGAAAUCAAUUCAAUUUUGAAAAAAUAAAAAAAUAAAAAUGUAUGAACAACAUUUACUGGAUUUACAGGACAACAAUGGAUUCGGGUCGGAUCCCAAGUCAUGGCUCUCCGACGGCAACUCCGGCGUUGGUGGUGAAGGCCAUUCAUCUCUCGCCAGCACUUUGUCUUCUGUCUCCGCUGCCGCCGCCAACGCCUCCGCCGCCAGCAACGUCGACCGCGUCCUCUUCAAUGACCUCGUUGAGAUCGUCCCUCUCGUUCAGUCACUCAUUGAUCGGAAAGCGAAUACUUCUUUUACUAGACGGGGUUCUAUCAUUUAUACCAAGACGCCAACUAAGGAAUCCAUUUACAAGAAGGAAGAACAUCUCAUCCCUACAAGGGACUUAACAGGAGGAAGUGGCGCCAAUGAAGCAGAAGGGUGA